AGUACUACGAUCUAUUUGCAGUUUGUUAUGGUUCGCAUGAGUUCAUGAAACAACCAAAUGAGGGCGCCAUUUGCUUUUUCACAGUCAAGAAUCCAUCUUAUCCAGAUUAUAUAAUAUCGACCGAGAGUGGUGUCAUGUGUUGCGAUAUACAUCCGACUUAUCCGUUUUUAGUGGCAAUCGGGAUGUACGAUGGCAGUGUGGCAGUAUACAACUUGAGAGAAAACUACGAAAAACCACUGUACUUAUCUGUGGGCGUUCACAAUAAACAUGCAGAAUGCGCAUGGGAGGUACGUAGUAUUUGAA